AAGAAAGAAAGCCAGAAACAGAGGGGUUGCGCUCAGACUCAGAGGCCAGACCCCUAGCGCAGCGGUCUCCCCCGCUUUAGAAAGUGAAAGCACGUACGUCGGAGAAGAUAAGCCAAAACGGAGACGAAGACGACGAGAGUAGAAAGAUCAAGAGAGAGAGAGAUUAGAGAGGCGAUCAGAAGCUCUUUCCCCUCCUGUUCUGACUCGGCUCUAGGGUUUCGACUUCUCCAGCGCAUGGGUCGCGUAAAAUUCUACUACUUGUUUAUCCUCUUCCUACCGGCCGGCUUGGCAAUGACAUAGUGCAAGGAACUAAGCAUUGAAUUUUUUACCAGUGCAUUUACCCGUGAGUCAGAAUGACACUUGAGGAUUUCUUUACUCUAUCAGAGAUGAGAGAUGGAAUCUCAAGUCUUGCAAGAGUUGAAGAGCUUCUCUCUAUGAUUCAAAAGCUAAAUGAUCAUGCUAUAAAUAACUUGAGUGAUGCAGCAAGACAAUGGUCUACCGUUGCAAGUGUUUUGGCAGCUACUAACAAAGAAUGUCUUAGUCAAUUUGUUGAGUUAAAUGGUCUUUCUUUUCUGAAAAAGUGGCUUCAACAAGCACUAGAUAGUAAUACAUAUGAGAAUGAAAUUGUUGUUGAGGAACUGAUCCUUUCAUUAUUGACUGCAUUUGAGAGGCUUCCUAUUGACCAUAAAAGAAUAACUGCUUCUGAAAUUGGAGCUACUAUUGAACAUCUCCUUGAUCACAGAAGCACUAAAAUUAUGGAGAAAGCUAAAAUAUUGCAUGAUAGAUGGGAUCAUGCAGAAAAUGAUCAUGCACGCCCCUAUGAUCAGGAUAAUACUGGGAUCAGUCAAGAAAAUCAACAUAUACCAGCUGAGGAUGUGCAGACUGGAGAAAAUGGUUCAAAUUCAGGAAAUCUUCCUGUCAGUAUUCCUCCUUCCUUCGCGUCUGGUGAAGGUAAAGAUGGAGUACAAUCUGACAUGACUGAAUCACAGAUCUUGACUGGCAUAAGUUUGCUCGAGUUCAGAAACAAUGAGAGAGGCCCAAUAUGUGAUCAGUUUCAUUCCACAUCUUUGAACACAAUUGUUUCAAAUACAGUUUUAGCUGGUGAGAAUUCAUCGGCAUCAUCACUUAUCUCAAACUCAUGUCAAGAGAAAUUGCAUGUCAUAGAAGAGCUUCCUGUUUGCAAUGUAGAGGGAAAACUCUCUGCUGAAACUUGUGCACAGUUUUGUCUGAAAGGAGAUGCAGACGAUCAAUGUGAUGCAUCAGGAUCCAAGGAUAUUCUUUCUGAUGUGAAAGAUAUUGAUAUUGAUGCUAAGGAAGUCAAACCGAGCAAAUCUAUCCAAGAAAGUGGUAUUCAUUCUCUGCCUCUUGUUUUUCAUGAAUCUAAGGUGACAUCAGCAGUUGCUACAGAGCCAGUUAUCUCAUGCAUGCCAGUUUCUUACAUUGGCGACUCUUCUUCAAGGGUGAUGGAACAUCAGCCAGUGGCUGGGGCAGUUGACCAUGGGCUGGACAAGGAUUUGAUGACAACCAAGGAGUCCAUGCCAGCUGCAAAUCUCACUAGUUUUCAAGAUCCUUCUUGUAAAGCUAGCAUUCAUGACAACAUCAGUGAUCCUCAGUUAUCUGAUCAGAAGGAGGAGGCCACUAGUAGUGUCAUUAAGGAUCUUGAUUGCGAACUCAAUUUCAAGUAUUGCAAAAGUCACUUUUCAGCCUCCACUGAUUUUUUAAAAGCUGUGCCAACUGCCAAAGCUAAUGAAGAGAUCAACCAGAAAUCUGGACUGGAACUUGAAUGUUUGGAUGAUGCUCUUGAGGUUGCAAGGCAAGUGGCUAUAGCAGUGGAGAAGGAGGUGGUUGAUUAUAGAGAAACUUUUUGCAGUUCUCCUAAUGACAAUCCCAGGGAAGCAUAUGGUUCUCAUAGCCCUGAUUCUAAGGAAGAAAAACAGGAGGAACUGACUGAGCAAGUAGGGAGGAACCGUUUAUCAGAUGGAGCUGAGUAUUCUGACCCAUCAUCUCCUGAUAAGGGAUCAGAGAUCACACAGAAUAUCAGUUCUGAUCAAGAAAACAUUGAUCAAAAUUUAAUGUCACCUGAGCCAAAAGUUUCUGCUCAAGCAUCAGUUUGCAAGGCUGACCUUGACGGGUGCACUUUUGAUCUAAAUGCAAACAUUUGCAAUGAUGAACCUGAGUGCUCAACAAAGGUCAGCCCCAAAAUGCCUAUUAAUGUGUCUGCUCCUGUAGCUGUUAUUGCUUCUUCAAAAGGAGCUCCAGGAGUGCCUGCUACUCUAUGUUUCGGAGGUGAGAUGGGUUGGAAGGGUUCUGCUGCAACCAGUGCUUUUCGACCAGCGUCUCCUAGAAGAACUGAUGGUGAAAGGAUUUCUUGUGCAAAGCAGAAACUGAAUUUCCUUGAAAUUGAUUUGAAUGUGGCUGAAAGGGUGGAUGGGACCACUGAUGAACCUGCAUCAGUGAAACAAGUGCCUUCUUCCUUUGGUUCUAAAACAGAGAAGCAGAAUUUGGAUUUAAAUUGUCUUGGGGAUGAGGAAGUGUCUAUACUUCCAUUCUCAUCUUGGAAGUUGAAUAUUCGGAAUGGAGAACGGAGUCAAUCUUCAGCUUCUUCAUCAUACCAUAAACAGUCUUCCUUUCGAGAUUUUGACCUAAAUGACAACCCAUCUGUAAAUGAUGCUGGUUCUCACAGCUUCAGGCAAUCAUCUAAUAAAGCUCUGGAAUCUUUUGGAUGGAAAGCACCACAUGAGCCGAUCGUCAAGAUCAUGGGAGCAGAAAUUCCUAUCACACGGACAAGCAAUAUGGAUCAGGGGCAGCUUUUGUCCAUACCGAAUGGGCUGCCAAUGGAACCUGGCAUGGUUACCAGGCCAUUGCUACCUUGCACGAGCAUGCCACCCCUUGCUUAUGGCUUCAGUGGACUACCAUCUGGGUCUUCUAUGUCAGUUCCAGCAGCAUAUUAUUCACCCAGGAGCAUUCCUUACAUUGCAGAGACUAGAGGCAUGGUACCUGUAACUCACGUCUCUGGCUCCAGCUCUGGCUCAGGACAUACUGGGACAUCAUCCAGGCCACCACACUUUCUCUUCAGUGCAUCUAGCAUGCCCUACAUGUCUGGUUAUGGCAAUGCAUUGCCUGGUGGUUUGAGCUUGAACAACGGGAUCGCGCCUCCAGAAGGUGGAAUCAGAGGCAGCAUUUUUGAACAUCAAUUCUUUCUGCAAGGGCAUAGAGGUUGGAUGGAAGAGCAAACCCAACCUUCUACUUCUGUAACGCCAUUAAAGCGGAAAGAACCAGACUCAGGGUGGGAGCCACUUCCUCCUCUAAAUGGUUGCAAGCGGAUGGCAUCCAGGCCUUAAGUUUUUCUAUUUUUUCAGGAGGGGGGGGAACAAUUGGAGCUGAGGUGGCCUCUUGAUCGAUUACCAAGUAGUUAGUUGGUUACUAAUCUGGAGCUUGAGCAUGGAGGGCCGACCAGAGAGGAUGUGGCUCUUUGAAAGAGAUGGAUGAAUUAAUAAGUCUAUAGGAGUCCUAACAAGAAAUUUGAUUGUUGUAGGUUUUGGUGGUUGUUCAUAAUGAAUGCCUCCAUUGUCAUUUAUCGGUGUGCAGCACCUGGUGGUGGUGGAAGGCCAGUGCUUGUAUAUCUCACAAAUACUCUUACAAGUUGAAGAGCGGGCAAUAGAGCAACUAGUAUUUAUUCAUAAGAUGGAAUUUUGUUCUUUGAA